ACCAAUCAACCGUUCAUGGAAACUCCUCUUUUGUUUGAUUGCUCACCUGUGACUUCCUGCCAAUUCUCAAAAAACUAACAUAUGCUGCCAUGGAGAGAUGUUAGAAACCUUUUUAGGAUGGACUUUCUUAAAAACUGAUAAUUAAGUGUAGUGAUACUCAGAACUGUGUUUUAUUGUUGUCUUGCAGGGCUUCAGUUACUUGAUGUUCUGCCAAAGUUGAGGGAGCAAGAGGAUGAAGACUUGAUUAUUCAAUGUGAAGCUUUUGAAGAGGCAAUGGCUGAAGAUGAGGAGGAGCUGCUGCGGGUCUAUGGGGGCAUUGACAUGAGUGAUCACCUGGAGGUUUUCACUACCCUCUUUAACAAGGUGAGCAGCUCUCCAGCCUCUCUCCAGCUGCUGUCCAUCCUGCAGACACUGUUGGUGCUCGGGCCGGGCCGCACUGAUAUCUGGCUGGCUCUGGAGGCCAUCACUAACAGAGCCAUACUGCUGGCCCAGGACUCUCAGAUGGAGUCCUUUGAGAAGAUCAUGCAGCGGCUCAUGUUCUCCAAAGGCUGUGAAGGUCAUCAUGAGCUGGACGGGCAGCUGGUGAAAGUGGAUAAGGCCAUACAGACUGAUCUGGAUCAUCAGGACAAAGAGAAGUCAGACAAAAGUAUCACUAAAUCUUCUCAGAAGCCACUGAGUGCCGCUCCUCCACCACCCCCUCCCCCUCCACCCCCACCUCCUCUAAACCCUAGUAUGACUGGGCCCCCACUGCAACCUUCUAGCCAGUGCCCACCUCCUCCUCCGCCACCUCCUCCUCCUCUUCCUCCACCACUACCUGGAGGGUUUGGUGGACCCCCACCACCACCUCCUUUGCCUGGAAUGCCACCACCACCACCACCACUGCCCUGCGGUCCAGGCAUGGCUCCCCCACCACCUCCUCCACCCCUACCAGGGAUGGGUGGAGGACCGCCACCACCACCUCCCCUACCUGGUAUGCCACCUCCACCACCUCCUCCACCUGGCAUGAUAAUGGCUCAGAGUAGUUAUGCCCUUGGGUGCGCUGCACCUGUAAAGGCAAACCGAUGCCCCACCCUGAGAAUGAAGAAGCUUAACUGGCAGAAACUCCGCGCUGUGACUGAUGGUCACUCCAUGUGGGCCUCAGUUCAGAAAGAGCCUCCUCCUCGGGAGCCGGACUACAGCAGUAUCGAGCAGCUGUUCUGUCUCCCGGUGACCGAGCACAAAGACAAGGGGGCAGCUGCUCCUGUCAAGAAGGAGCCUAAAGAGAUUACAUUUAUUGAUCCAAAGAAAAACUUGAAUUUGAACAUAUUCCUAAAGCAGUUCAAAUGCACAAAUGAAGACUUUGUAGCCAUGAUUCAGAAUGGUGACCGUACUAAAUUCGAUGUAGAAGUGCUUAAGCAGCUUCUAAAGCUCCUGCCAGAGAAGCAUGAGAUUGAAAAUUUGAAGUCCUACCAGGGAGAAAAAGACAAGCUGGCAAAUGUUGAUCGCUUCUACACCUCCCUCCUCACUGUGCCAUGUUAUCAGUUGAGGAUUGAGUGCAUGUUGUUGUGUGAGGAGACUUCAUCAGUGUUGGAUAUGCUCAAACCUAAAGUCAAGCUGGUGGAGGAGGCCUGCCAGUCCCUCAGAAUGAGCGCGCUCUUGCCCAGUUUCUGCAGGCUUAUCCUUGAUGUUGGAAAUUUUCUCAACUAUGGAAGUCACACAGGGAACGCCGAGGGGUUCAAGAUUAGCUCUCUGCUUAAGCUUACAGAGACCAAGGCCAACAAGGGCCGCAUUACGCUGCUUCAUCACAUCCUGGAGGAAGCAGAGGCAAACCACCCAGAGCUGCUGGUGCUGCCAGAUGAAAUAGAGAUCUGUGAUAAAGCAGCAGGAGUUAAUUUAGAUUCUAUUCAGUCUGAAGCCAGUGCCUUACUAAAGCGACUGAAUGAGACGGCCAAGAAGGUCUCCAACUCUGUGGAAGAAGUGAAGGAGCAAUAUGAAAAAGUUCUUGAAGAAUGUCUGGAGGCAUGUCGAGGCUUAAGUGAAAGGCUUACUGCAAUUGAGAAGAAGAAGUGUGAGUUAGCACUAUAUUUGUGUGAAGACGCCAAUCAGCUGUCACUUGAGGAACUCUUUGGAACCAUCAAGACUUUCCGAGGACUUUUUAUCAAGGCACUGAAGGAAAACAAAACCAGAAGAGAGCAGGCAGCCAAGGCUGAGAAGAGAAAGCAGCAGCUGGCAGAGGAAGAGUCCAAGAGACAGAAGGGAGAGAAUGGAAAAAUAAUCAAGAAAGGCAUUGUGCCACAGAACGACGGAUGCAUCAUCGACCACCUCCUCGCGGAUAUCAGGAAAGGUUUCAGCCUAAGAAAGACCAGACCAAGGUGCGAUUCGGAAAGCCUCCCUUCUAGUGAAAUGCGUAGGGAUACCUGCCCAUCUGGAUCAAGUGCGAAGCCUGUAGACGAAGAAGCCGUAAAAUUGGUCACCAUUACCGCUCCCACCAAACCUCAGAUCGAGGGUCACCAAGCCAGCGCAGGCGAAGUGAACGGCUUCAUCAGUCCAUCAGAAGAGGCUCCACCAGCACUGCAGAGUGUGGGGCAAGACGGACCAGCUGUACCUCCCAACACACUCCCAGGAGAAGCAGCCACGACGAUGCAGACACCCCUGGAAAGACCUGUGUUGCUGUCGGACAGGCAACACUCACAGAAACUUGCAGUGUCUUUGCAAGAUGUGGCACAAUGUCAUCCUCAGGUUGAAAUGGAACACCAGCCAUGUCUACCCACAAAUGGCUUUUCACUGGAUUCGACUGAGUCCAGCGUCCUCAGCCCAUCUUCCCUCACAGAUUCAGACCUGCUAGAGGCUGUGUUAGAUGGCACUUCUGGCCUGGUACCUGAGAAGGUGAUGCCUGAAGAGCAAGCCGACAUUAGUGUGAACGCUGAGACCAAGGAAAGCCUUUUACCUAGUACAGACAAUGUGACACAGAGUAGUGAAAGCAAUAAAAUUGAAGACAGGAAAGGUGAAACUAGCGAUAAAGCUAGCCAUUCAACAGAGGAUGUAGGACAAGAGGGUGGUGGAGAAGAGCGGGAACACAUUAUUGUAAAAACGCCUGGUCAAGAUGAGGUCCUAAGUUACAAACAUUCUGACACUAAAAGUAAUGUGACUGCACUCAGUGAGGGCAUCGAGGGGUGGGACGUCCCGGAUGGGCUGCAAUCAGAAGAUCUGCCAUCAGUGUCUGAAGCAGUGCCUUCAUCCCUUAAGCCUGAACCAAAGAAACAGCAGAGCCUCUUUAAACGAAACAAAAAGAAGAGUAAUCAAGGUAACAGUGGGAAAGGACACACUAAACAUAAAAAAGGCUGUGUGUUGCAGUGAGGUGACACCAGGAAGAGGAAAUCGAGAGGAAAAAGAAAAUGCUAAUUUCACACUGGAGUUCUGAACUGGACUGAAGUAUAUUUUAUUUUGUGAGACUACAGAAUUGUGACUCCUUCGGGGGGAUGCAGAGGUCUUCCUUUAGCAAUGAUUUGUCUUUCAAGACCAAGAAGAGUAAAAGCACCUGAUGCUGGGAUCUUCACAGCAUGGAUGUUCAUGUGUCACUUUAUGUACAUGAGUUGUGGUUUUGUGUAUAUGAGUGAUUUUGAUUCAGAAAAAUUCAAAAGAGUUGAAUAUGCUUUAUAUGUUUUGUAUACUUGUUGUAUAAAUAUGCAGUGAAUGUGUUUUGCUGUAAGCUCUAUUUACUGUUCAGCAUCAGAAGAAAGAAAGAUGCAGUGUUUGGUGCAAGGUAUUUAACUCAUCGAAACAAAACUGCCUGAAAAUUGUCUUCGUUUCUUUAUAUUAACCAAAUGAUCUCUAAUGGAAAAUAUAAGCACAGCAUUUAAAGGAUUGUAAAUUUUAAUGUUAAACAUAUUUUAAUAAAAGUGAAUUUACUGUUCA